CUUUGAGUGUGAGUACGUGGUAUGGAACAAGCGGAAACUUCCACUGAGCUGCAAACGUUUGAGGUGAGGAAGCUGGCAGUCACCAAACUGACCGCCGGGUCACUUUAAUGAUGCUUCCACGCAGACAGGACCACGGAAAGAGAAGGAGCGACGGAGCGCGCGGCGCGUGGAGCCCGGUCCGCCGCAGCUCCGCCGUGCUGCCCUCGGUGCUAACCUUCCUGGUGAUCGUUGCCUCCGGAGGCCUGCUGCUCAUGAUAGAAAAAGGAAUGCUGAACAGCAUGGAGACUCCUUCACCUCGGGGAAGCCCGAGGCGGCUGGAUCUCAGCAGAGAGACCCGUAGACACAUUUCAGACAGCGUGGACGUGGAGUCCCAGAUCCUCCAGGAGAUCCGGAAUCGCACCAUCAGGACCAUGUGCAGCCAGAAGAACAUGCCCCACAGCAUCUGGACACUGAGCCCCCUGCAAAGGAAGACAGUGCUGCAGCACAUCCUAGUGAACGACGAGUACCGUUUCCUCUACUGCUACGUUCCCAAAGUGGCGUGCUCCAACUGGAAGAGAGUCCUGAAGGUCCUGAGUGGAGCCCUGGAGAGUGUGGAUGUCAGCAUCAAGAUGGAUCAUCGCAGCGACUUGGUUUUCCUAUCCUCCCUGAAGCCAGAGGAAAUCCGCUACCGCCUCAAGAACUACUUCAAGUUCAUGUUUGUGCGAGAACCCAUGGAGCGACUACUUUCUGCCUACAGAAACAAGUUUGGAGAGAUUGAAUCCUACAAGAAAAAAUAUGGGGUAGAGAUUGUAAAGCGGUACAGGAAGGGCCAUGCCAAGGAUGCGUCUGUGACCGGAGAUGAUGUGACCUUUGAAGAGUUUGUCCGCUACUUGUUGGAUGAGGAUGUGGAACGCAUGAAUGAGCACUGGAUGCCUGUUUACAACUUAUGCCAGCCUUGUGUUGUUUCUUAUAAUUUCAUUGGCUCUUAUGAGCACCUUGAAAGGGACUCUGAGUAUGUGCUCCAGCGCAUCGGUGCGCCGCCUUUUAUUCGCUUCCCUGAGAGACAAACUUGGUACAAGCCUGUCACGACAGAAACAUUACACUAUUACUUGUGCACUUUGCCACAGAAGUUCCUCAGGGACCUUCUACCCAAAUACAUUUUAGACUUUUCUCUAUUUGCUUACCCCCUCCCAAACACAACCACUGAAUACUGUCGGCAUUAAAAGAUGCCCACUUUUUUUUUUAUAGAUAUUCAUCUUGGACUAUUUUUAUACCUUAGGGGAAAUAAAACGUAAAUAAAAAGUAUUUUCACAUUUCAUACAUGAUGUCACAUCAAUGAUUUAAAAACCACUAAAGUGUCAAUAUGAGGUAAUGAGACAUUCCUGAAACUUCAUAAAAACUGUUACAGUGAAUAGACUGAUUCAUUUACAGCUAUUGGACGAUUGUACCGUAGGUCUGUGUUUCAUAGGUUCUGGGGAAAUGUUGUGGUUUAGCAGGCUAAACACAGUUUCACCUUAAGGUUUGCAUACAAACAUUCAUUGGUAUGUUUACCAGUAAUUUGGUUCUUUUAAUGGUCUGUUUGAAGUGUUUUUUUUCCAGGGUGGAAUGAUGAUACACAUUCAAUGAAUUUUAAAAAUAAAUUGAACAAUUUUAAAUGUGUUUAUUACCUCCACCUUCGAAUUAGGGCCGCAAUUAACGAUUAUUUAUUGUUUUGCUAAUAAUCGGAUAGCCAAAAGUUCCUUAAAGAUUUUUUUUUAAAAGAAAUUAAACCAGUUAAAACUAGAACUUUUCGACUAGAUGAGUUCUGGAUAGAGCAUAUUGACAGAAGAAUAGUUUUUUUUUUAUCUUAAAAAGUUUCAACACUCCAGUUUACGAUUAAUCAGUUACUAAAUUAGUUGAACAUUUCAAUAAUCGAUUAAUCUGAUACAUUUUAUCAGCCCUAGUUCACACCGACUCAAAUGUGUACAAAGUUAUAUCCCUUCACUAAUUGGAUAAAUCUUCUUU